AUGGUUGGUUCUGUUUGCAACAAAAGGUAUAAUACCUCCGGAGUGAUAAACAACGGUGAAAUUGUUGACAAAAAUGGAAUAGAAGUUGUUGUAGUAUCAAAUAAAAAUGGCCCUGAUGGUUCUGGAACCGCUGUAG